AUGGGUUUUGGCGUGUCAUUUUCAGGGCGUAAUCUCGGAUAUGAAGUCUACAAAAAAGAGAUGGGAGAGGAAAUGUUCAAAAAGAAGAAAGAGGAAUUUGAAAAGGUACACUUGGAAUUUACUUUUCGUCAGACAUGCAUAACUCGCUUGUAAAUGGCCUGGUUUCCAUAACAUAAAACUAACUGAAGGACUGUGGACUGUGCUUUUCCGACGGAAAUUGUUCCAUCGCUUAAAAAUCCUUAUGUUUCUAUUGACGCCGCAAAAUUUUCUGUUUCAGUUACUGAUCUCGAGAAACCUGCUCGAUUAACUUCAAGUAGUAUUCAAUUGCGUCCUUUUCCUAUGCCACACCUUUUUUGCUUCUCCCUCCCAUCCGUAUGUCCAGUAGAAUAACUGCACAAGCACAUUUGUAUGCCAUACUUAAACAAUUAUAGCGAGCUGAAUUCCUUUUGUUGUGCUGUUUCUUUGGAUAGCCUCUCGCUCCAGCUGGUUUUUUCUCCCAAAGCAAAAUCGCAUACGAUACCACCAAACUCAAGUUACUCUUCGGCACGAAGGUGUUAAUCAAGGGACAGCGGGGCACACAUCCCAUUGGAGUUGGAGCCGAGGGAAUCGCAACUAUUGUCUCUAAUCCAAAGAUUCCACCGUGCGAGUUUUUCACACCGGGACGUUCUUACCCAGUCUGCCUCCGUCAUUCGACCAUACAGUCCGUGGAUGACGUAUUGAUUGACUUCUGUGGCGGGUCCAUAAGAUUUGCCGGAAGUGACGAUAUGGAAAGUCCUUGCGAUAUUGUUAUGGGGACUGGAGAGACAACACCGUUGUGGAGCGCUCAGGCCAUUUUUGAUGCAGUGAAAGCCAAGAUUUCAAAAGAUUUGAAAACUUAUUUGCUGAUAGGACCUGACCAGUAAGUAAAUUGUUGGGCCAUUUAAACACUGAUUGUGAGGCGGAGGGCUAGUGUUUUCACCUCAUUCAUUUAUUUACUUGCUUUACUAUCUGCUAUUACACUCGUUUAGGGGACAAAGAACCCUAGUUUUCUUUGCCUCUUAUAUUUGGCUUUUUUACCGAGUUAACAGAAACUCUCAAAUGGUAUACGAGAGGCAACAGUGGAUCCGCGUUGAAGUCUGAAUAAUUUUUGUUCGUUCGAUUUCCAGCUUAAUAUUUACCGAAAGAUUAUAAAUGUCUUGUAAUAAUGUUAUUACUUGCAUUUAAGUUUAGAGUAGUUUUUACUGACUUUUGUAAAACCAAAAUAAUCACAAUGAGGACUCAAAGUUAAAACAGGUAAACUACCAGUAGCGCGGAAAAACGCAGGCGACUAAGCUAUGAUUGUUUUCGUUUGUCGUCAGAUUUGUAAAUCAGAGAUUACUUUCUUCUCUCAAUUGAAAAUUGCUCUCUACGUGAGGAUCAUUUCGUCACAUUCAAAGAAACGAUAAAAUAACGGACAUCUUAGACGAUGAACUUAACUUGUUUAGCUCUACAAUCACACAGAAGUAUGAAACCAAAUCAAAUUACACGUGAUAUGUUGUUUAACGAAGUGUUAAAAACUUGUAGAAAGGGUUUAAAAAAAAGUCUUAAAAAAUGUUUUACUUUAUUCUAGAAUUAUGAAAAUGUAUUUACCAUCUUGGAUUUACUUUGUCUUAAACAGCCUAAAAGCCAACAUUGGGGGUUUGCGCCAGAAGCCUGAAUCAUUUUACGACCAGCGUUACUACUCAGAGGUGAUUUUCGAAUUCAAAGCGUUCGAUGGUGUUAAGCGUUACGUCAGAUUCCGUAUGAUGCCCGCUGAUGGGCGCCCAGAAACAGGCUUAUUGUCUGAGGAAGUCCAACAGCAUCCAUGGUGAGGAGUAGAAACAUCUGAAAAUCCUAGCCUCCUUAUCUUUGAACCCAAUUUUGAUAGAAUAUCUCAAACUGCAACCUUCAUUUGUAUCUUCCUGAGCUUCCAUUAGUAUCUCUUGCCUCGUUAAACCGUAGGAAAAGAAAUGCAUUUGUUUGAUUCGUACAGUUCUUCCUCAGCUUCAAAGUAUUGCUUAUUGCUUUUGGUGGGUGUGGAUGGAGACAAGGAAGCAUUAGGAUAGUAUUUUUGGAUCCUCAUUGUAAACAGAUCCCACAAAACGUUUUCGCAUAUCAGAGUUAGGUCCGCCUCCUAAGUUUUAUACUGAUACAAACUGACAACUGGAGAUACGUGUUAGCCAGAGUUAUUUAGAAUUAAAUAUAAGCUAUGCUAUUAUCUUAUUCACGUUCUCUUGUUGCCUUCGAAAUGAAGGAGGAAUGGGAGAUCACCCGUUUAGACGAGGUGACAAUUAAUUCAAUGUGAUAACUACCUUUAUAUCACUAUAGGCAAAACCGAGGUUUAUGGCGCGAAAAGUCCAGCUUGUCUUUCUCUCACCAAUAUUUUAGUCAAGUUGAAUUUUAUUUUGGGCUAAAAGAUUCCAUUCAGUGUAUUUCCUGCAAAUGAAAUAACCUAAAUUAAAAACAGGAUGUAAGUUUUCAAAGUCUGGAAUGAACAAACUCUGGUCCAAAAAAAGUCUAUUGGAUAUUUUAUCUCCUUACAGGAUAAAUGAAAGGUCACCCGAUGAGACCUUACCAAUGGACUAUCUCAAGCGUGAGUACAGAGGGAGAAUUUCCAAGGGACCACUCGACUAUAAACUACAGCUGCAACUCCAUGAACCCAAGGACGGUGAUGUGCCAUGGGUACUUCAUGUUGGGAGGGAAUGGGACGAGGAAACGCACCCGUGGUUAGAUUUGGCUGACAUCAAAGUGACGUCAUUACUGUCUCCAACCGCAACGGAACGCCUGAAGUUUAUAUAUCUUAACCUUCCAGCGUCAAUUGGUCUUUUGCCAGCCGUAUCUGUUGAUGAUCCUAAUGUUGUUCUUCACAUUCGUAACGAAGUGUACGUCUGGUCUCAGAAGCUACGGAAAAACAGAUCAAAUAAGCUUGUCCCAGAGCACCUCGCGUCCUAUCUUAUCCGUGUGGAAACUGGAUCUCAGUCUGGAGCAGGGACGGACGCCUCCAUUUCUAUUUCGUUGACAGGUGAAGUUACAUUUAAUAUACAUGACUUUUUUUUUUCUUUUUUCGCUUUACACACCAGCAAUUUAUUUUCUUUUAUUUUUUCUUUUCCUCUGCAGGUACUAAAGGAAAGACAGAUCGUAUGAAGUUGGAUAACUGGGGCAAUGACUUUGAGAGAGGAGACGUUGAUGAGUACAUGGUAGAAGCGAUGGAUGUUGGCAAAGUUCUAAUGGUGCAUCUUCAUAACGACCAAGGUGGCUGGUGGUACAAAAAUGCUGAUUGGUUUGUCAACAAAAUUGCGGUGAUAAGUUCCACUCAGGAUGAACCAUUUGAGUUUCCAUGUUAUCGCUGGGUGCUAUCGGAUUUGGUAGUAUUUGAAGGGAGAGGUAAUCUGAAACAAGAGAAUAGAAACUGUCUACAUCCUCUUAUCCGAAAGCAUUGUCCCAUCUUUGACCAUAAAAUUCAAAACUAAAGAAAAGACAAAAUGUAUUUCUUUUUUCUCGAGCUAUAAGCAUGCAGAAUAAAACGAUAAAUUCUCUACAGUUUUUAGCAUGUUCAUUUUGGCCUCAAAUAACAUCGGAAGUGAGAGAGGAUGCAAACAACAUUUUUCUUCACUUUUAACUACUAUGAUUGUAAGCCCAUGAGGUAACAGCUGCAACAGGUCUCUUUGAACCUUUAUUUGCAGCUAUUCUUCCAUUUAAAGAGCAGCCAGAUGCCCUCAAAAGUCAGAGAACUCUUGAAGUGAGAAAUCGCCAGGAGCUUUACAGGUGGGGAAAUAAGGAAGAGUACAAGUAUCUUCCUGGGUAUCUUCAAGCUGAGACACACGCCGAUAUCCCAAGAGAUUCACAGUUUUCCGACGAGGCCAGGGGUACCUUAAAGGAUAACCAGCGCAAAGCGGCCGUCGACCUCGGUCUUACCUAUCUGACUUCUCUUUUCGAUAGCUGGGAUAAUUUUGAUGACUUUGAGAAGAUCCUUCACAGAGCAUGUGAUGGUAGCGUACCAAAGAUCGUCGAGAAUGACCGAUGGAAGACCGACAAGGCAUUCGGGUCAAUGUUCUUAAACGGCGUUAAUCCCAACGUUAUCCGACGUUGUGAGAAGUUACCGAGUAAUUUUCCAGUCACUGAAGAAAUGGUGAAGACACUUUUGGAUCGUGGAAACACACUGCAAGAAGAGAUGGAGGUAUUUCUCUUAAAUUGUCCGGAAAAAUCUUAAUGAUAAGUAAGUAUUUCACCUGUACGAUAUGGAAACAAUCUUUUUUCUGGAUGGAAAGUUAUCGUAUUCCGUUGCACUUCACUGAAGAAGCUUUUUUAAAAUGUAUUAUCUCAAAAUAAAAUCUGAAUCCUCGAAAGUCAUCAAACCAGUGACAGGGAAAAUGUAAACUGAAUCAAAUAUUAUAAGAUGGAACAGAGAUUUAUUUUUUCCACCCUCCUAACAAUCAUUAUUUCACACAUUGUUUGCUUGUUUUUCUAAGGCAGGUCAUGUGUACAUUGUUGAUUACAAGGUGCUUGAAGGAAUUCCUGAAAAAAAGGGAAAUCACUCGGCCCAACCUUUAGGGCUGCUUUAUGUCGAUAAAUCAGGUGACUUGGUGCCCAUCGCCAUUCAGUUACUACAGCAACCAGGCGACACCAAUCCAAUAUGGACUCCAAGUGAUUCACAAUAUGAUUGGCUGUUGGCAAAGAUGUGGCUUCGUUACGCUGACAAUACGAUUCAGCAGGUAUUUCGAAGAUCUCAGUACCUCAUUACUGAAUUAUUCUUGUUCAUCAAUCAUUUCUGACCUGUAAGAAUAGCUGAUUUUUUUUCAUUGGGAAAAAUCUGACUUUCCUCCAAAGAGGGAUGACUUCGAUAUGGCUUUUGAUGACGAUUUUUGGUCUGGUGAAGAAAAUAAAUAAAUAAAUAAACACUGAAAAGGGUAGGUUCUGAAAUAAGAUCCUAGGAAAUUCGAAGAGUCAAUUAAAUAUUUAGACUAAAUAUUUCAGGUUUGUCGUUUGCUCCAUCAAAGCCAGACAUUAUUUCGAUGAUUGAUGAAAAAAAAAGAUGCGUCGUCUCAAUAGCAGUAUAGGUUACCUGAAUAAAUUGUAAUUAAACCUUAACAAGAAAUGAACUUCAAGGGGUUAAGUCAUUUGAUUAGAUUAGCGAACCUCUAUCUUGUCAAAUUGACGGAAUGACAGAAACCAUGAAUACUACUAAAUACUUGUCUGAUCAUCUGCUAGGUUUAGAGGUGACCUUUUUCUCCCACUUUACAGAGACUAACUCAUCUUCUCGAAACCCACUUGGUAAUGGAAGCCUUUGCAGUGGCAGUCUGGCGCCAGUUACCCUCAAUUCAUCCUGUAUUUCAACUCUUAUUCCCACACCUUCGCUCCGUGAUGGCGAUCAACAAGCUUAUCAAAGAUUCUGCUUUAGCAGAGAAUGAACCUUCCAAACAAUUGUUGAAGAAAAGUUACCACACGUUCAAGAUGAGCAUGCUUUCCCCACCCAAGGCGCUUAAAGAGAGAGGUGUGGAUGAUCCAGAUAAACUGCCCAAGUUUUAUUACAGGUGAGUAUCCCACUGACCUAUGACUGAACUGACUAAGUUUACGAGAGCAUUAACUGACAUGUAGUCAGGACUCAUGGGUUAAACAUAUUUUGUUAGGUAUGAAGCUCCGUAAAGGAGUUAGGUUAUCAAGAUUUGAGACAUUUCAUGCGACCUAAGGGAGAAAAAAGAACUGAGACUCGGUGAAAUUUAAUAAAUUUGGUAUCUAAUUAAAUGCAUUAUUUUUUAGAUUUUGAGAUAUUUGAUAGGUUAAUCCCAACUUUGUAGUGGAAUCAGCUGAGAUCCUCUUCGUUUAGUUAAACGCACUGAUAGCAGGUUGUGCCGUCAAAUAUCGUGUCGACAAAGGAACCGCUGGAGAGUUGUAAAUUUGUUGUAAAAGUGUUAGAAUCUCUUUUCUAGGGGAGUGUACUUCAGACUGGUUGAUACACAACUUUUAGUCAUUACUUUCGUGAUGUUUUUGGCUUUGACAUUCACAUUAGAGAAAAGAGUUAUUUGUAGGUGGUGAUUGCUUGACUUAGAUUUGUUGGAGAUUUGCAUAAAUGUGACGAGCCAUUUGUUUCCCAAUAAAAAGUAUUAAAUUUUCUUUUUCUAGGGAUGAUGCGCUCCUUUUAUGGUCAGCCCUCACAACUUUCGUCAAAGACAUCAUCACCCUUUACUACAAGUCAGAUGAUGAUGUUACUAAGGACGUGGAGCUUCAAGCAUGGAUUAAAGAUUUACAUGACAACGGCCUCCCUGUGAGAGAGGGUGACGAGGACCAUGAGGUUCCAAGUGCCUUGCAAACACGUGACCAACUUAUCGACCUACUCACAAGCGUGGUCUUCACGUGCUCGUGUCAGCAUGCAGCGGUAAACUUUGGUCUUUUGGAUGUGUCAGGCUUUAUUCCCUUCACUCCCUCCGUGAUGCGUAAGCCACCUCCUACUAAGAAAAACCAGACGUCUCUAAAGACCAUUCUUGACUCACUGCCAAGCAAGAGUGAGUCCCUUAAACAAGUAGCGUUACUUUACGUGUUGACGCGAUAUGGCGAGGAUGAGGUAAGCUUUAUACAAGAAUUGCCUCAUUAAUUUUAGCCUGUAUCUUAGUCUAUUAGACUAUUUAGUACGACUACCGCUAAAAAAUGUAGAUAAUUCAGUCAAGACUCCAGUUUAAAAACCUAGCUGUCGUAAGUGAAAUGGCUUCUCUCUUACUUGGGUUUUGCAAAGGUCCUCGAAUGUGAUAAGGUUCCCUUCCUGUCUUUCCUGCGUCUUUUUCAGUGUGCAUUAAAACUUUCCAUUGCAGAACAACUAACAGAAUCAACAGUGUGUGUUCCCGAAAUAACUAGCCGUUUUCAAUAGAAUUAGCAUUUGAAAAGAUACAGAGAACUCUUUUCUGUUUCGGAACCAAUGAUUGUUCCCCCUUGCAAGAGGUUCCAUUGUGUCGAAUUCACAAAGGUAAAAACAUCAACGUGUUGAAGUGCAAAUUUGCUUCAAGUUUACUAAGGAAAACAUCUUUUCCUACCAUAGCGUUUUAUUGGCGACAUUACACACAGCCUUUUGACUGGUGACGAGGAAGAUGCUGCAAUGAGUCGGUUCCAGACCGUUUUACAAGAGAUCUCGGAUUCCAUCAAGGCCCGCAAUGAGUCUUUGGAAUUGCCUUACACCUUUCUGUUGCCCGAACGAAUUCCCGAUAGUAUUGGCGUCUAA